ACGGUCUCUUUUCCUUUGUCCCCUUAGCGGUGAAGGUGCAACAGUAAUCGGUCGUCCCGAAUCUGGGUUCAUCCGACACCAUCACCAACCAAGCUGAACAGAGCACUACUACCAGAUCAGCAUCAUGCCUCCCAAAUUCGACCCCAGCGAAAUUAAAGUUGUGUACAUGAGAUGUACUGGUGGAGAAGUUGGUGCCACCUCAGCACUUGCUCCCAAAAUUGGACCUCUGGGUCUGUCUCCCAAGAAAGUUGGUGAUGACAUCGCCAAGGCCACUGGAGACUGGAAGGGCCUCAGAAUCACCGUGAAGCUGACCAUCCAGAACAGACAGGCUGUGGUUGAGGUUGUUCCCUCUGCAUCUGCCCUGAUCAUCAAGGCUCUUAAGGAGCCCCCACGUGACCGGAAGAAGGUCAAGAACAUCAAGCACAGUGGGUCCGUGACGUUUGAUGAGAUCGUUGGUAUCGCUCGUGUUAUGAGGCAUCGCUCUAUUGCCAGGGAACUCUCUGGAACCAUCAAGGAAAUCCUGGGUACCUCUCAGUCAGUAGGCUGCACCAUCGAUGGACGGCUCCCCCAUGAUGUCAUUGAUGACAUCAACAGUGGAAAGGUUGAAUGCCCAGCAGAGUAAUGCUUGACAAUAAAAUUGACUAAAUUUAA